GACAACAACAACAAGCUAAGCGUCAUGAGGGUCCCUAUAACCCUGGUUUGGGCCGCUUUUUUAACACAAAAGGUCGUUGGUGAGUAUGGCAUGGCCCAUUUCAGUGAUAAGGGCAAAAGCAAAGGAAAGGACUACUGCAUAUUCUUCAACUCACAAUGGGCACGCCUACCUCAGGACCUCAAUAAGGCAUCACAUCUCCAGAUCUAUGACCUGACUGCAUCGGUUCUCUGCUCCCCAUCUGAGGUCCCUGAGGGAGGCUUCCCUAACCGCAUCCCCAUGGUGAUGAGGGGCAACUGCACCUUCUAUGAAAAGGUCAGACUGGCGCAGAUUAAUGGUGCCAAGGGCCUGCUCAUUGUCAGCAAAGACAGGCUGACACCACCAGCAGGAAACAAAAGUCAGUAUGAGGAAAUUGAUAUUCCCGUAGCACUGCUCAGCUACUCUGAUAUGCUGGACAUAAGCAAGACCUUUGGGAAAGGAAGAAAGGUUGCCAUGUAUGCGCCCAAUGAACCAGUGUUGGACUACAACAUGGUCAUCAUCUUUUUAAUGGCAGUGGGAACAGUUGCCAUCGGAGGCUACUGGGCUGGAUGCAGGGACAGCAAGAAGCGUUACAUGAAGCACAAGCGUGACGACAGUAUGGAGAAGCAAGACGAGGAGACAGUGGAUGUCACACCAAUCAUGAUCUGUGUAUUCGUGGUCAUGUGCUGCAGCAUGCUGGUGCUUCUCUACUUUUUUUACGACCGUCUAGCUAUUUGGGUGAUAGCCAUCUUCUGCGUGGCCUCCUCUGUCGGCCUGUACAGCUGUCUGUGGCCUUUUGUCAGGAGGCUUCCUUUCUGCAAGUGCAGGAUCCCGGAGAAUAACCUGCCGUACUUGCACAAGCGACCUCAGAUCCGCAUGCUGCUGCUGUCAGCUGUCUGCAUCGGAGUUAGCGUCACCUGGGUGGUGUUUCGCAAUGAGGAUCAGUGGGCGUGGGUGCUUCAAGACGCCCUGGGGAUAGCCUUCUGCCUCUACAUGCUCAAAACAAUCAGGCUGCCCACGUUUAAGGCCUGCACUUUACUCUUGGUGGUCCUUUUUGUCUAUGAUGUCUUCUUUGUAUUUAUUACACCCUUCUUCACAAAGAGUGGGGAAAGCAUAAUGGUGGAGGUAGCGGCUGGUCCCUCUGACUCCUCCACUCAUGAAAAGCUUCCUAUGGUGCUUAAAGUGCCACGGUUAAAUUCCUCUCCCCUGGCCCUGUGUGACAGGCCGUUUUCCCUCCUGGGCUUUGGUGACGUCUUAGUACCAGGUCUAUUGGUUGCAUAUUGUCACAGGUUUGACAUUUUAAUGCAGUCCUCAAGGAUCUACUUUGUGUCCUGCACCAUUGCUUAUGGCAUCGGCCUGCUGAUCACCUUCGUGGCGCUGGCUGUGAUGCAGAUGGGCCAGCCGGCCUUGCUCUACCUGGUGCCUUGCACUUUGCUCACCAGCCUCGCCGUGGCACUGUGGCGCAGGGAACUGACCCAGUUCUGGACUGGAAGUGUAUUUGUGCCUCCCAUAGUGCUUGCGCCGAUCAAUUGUACACAAACUGCAGCACCUCCCACAGAAGGGCAAGCGACCAACCCUGAGACACAAAGCACAGAAGCCACCAAUCAAAGUGAGGACCCGCCUCCAUACCUGCCUCAGGAAACACAACCUACUGAGAAAGAGGAUAAUAACAAAUCUGAAUAAAAAAGGACUGCUAGUACAUCUUUUUUUUUUUAUUCAUUUCAUGUUACUUUUAUUGUCAAAAUUUUUUCUGCGUAGUAUCUCAUUUGAAUUUGUAUUGGUUCAUAAUGGACUAAAGGUAUAUAGAUAUAAUAUAUAUCUAUAUCUAUAUAUAUAUAUAUAUAUAUAUUUCAGUGUACUUGGUGCGAAGGGAAGAAUAGAGGGCAUCCGCAUUCUUAAUAGCUGCGUUGACAGGGAACCAGCAUUGUACCAGUGAGGAAGAUGGCAUGGCCUUGUAAUUGAGGGGAGGGACAGCUGCACAAAACUACUCACCAGCCCUACUUUCCCCUCCCUCCACCUUCCUCUCCAACCACCUAAAAAGGGAACCAAACACACCUCUAGACUCUGCUUUAGCCGUACCAAACCACACUCUGAACCACAACCCACCACUCUCAGUAUCCGUUCAGUUAAGGCUUGUAUUGAACAGUUUCGGGGGGGGGGGGGGGGGGGCACAGCACACUUGUGAGGUAAAGACGCGUUGCAUCUGAAGCCGUUUCGGGAUCUCGUUCCUUUAUCCCUCCAAUGCCGUUCUAGACUACGCCGGUGUCAGUGUACUUGGAACAGUGGCUCGAUACUUUAACACCCUUGUCCCACUAAGCCAAAGGUAUCAGAUUAGAUUUUUGUCGUACUGUUUUUUUUUUAAUUUACCCCAAAGCAUUGGUUUUCGUUUCGCUUUCAUAUUACCUUUUUGGAUUUAUUUGAUUUUGCAUGCUAUGGUUUUUUGGUUUUGAACCUUAUCUAAAUGUAGAGUAUAUUGUAAAGUGUACGCUGUUUCGUAUACAGUAUUGAUGGAGAACUGCAAAAAUGUUGGCCAUUUUUUUAUAGUUUUUUUUUUAGCCGUUUUGUUUUUUGCUUUAGUUUUAUCAUGUCUUAACAUUAUAUUGUUGUUGGUUUUUUUUGGCUUCACCAUGCCCAUGGAUGGAGGAAGAAUGUGUAUGUGUGGGGGGAAAAACCCCUCAAGUUAUUCUACUGUAGAUAAUGUGCUGCAGUAAAACUGAGCUGAGGAGUGAGUUUGUUGGUGGAGGCUUCUCAUGCCUGAUGUUCGGGUCGUUUCAUUUUCAACGUUUGCACAAUAUUUUGUAAUGGCAGGCUGGCAAGAAGAAGACAAUGUUGGCGACAUUCGUUCUUGUUUGUGUAUUGAUAUUUACCCACGAGAGUUGAAGAAAUUGGAGCUCGUGUGUGUUUUGUAGUGUAUGCUUUGUGUUUGUCCAGUGCUAACCUAAGGGUUCAUCUUCAGAAUGGUGGACGUUUUAAUACCAGUUUUAGAGCAUAGAUAUUUACAUAUUUAUGCCGUAGAGCGCAGAUAUUUUGGGUUCUCAUCCAGUAGUCUAGUUACAAGAGUUCUGCACAGAGUUGUUUAAGGUCACGGGAGAAAACGAAGUGCUUGGGGUUCAGAGGUUAAAUGUCAGCGGCUUACCUGUCCUGUGCGUGUGCCCUCGCUGAUUCAAAUGCACACAAACGUUUUACGGGAGAGAUUAUUCACUGGUAUAGUUUGAUGUCACCAAGUGGUUUUUAAUGUCUCUUUUGAGGGAUACAUAUAAUAA